GGAGCGGGCAGGGCCGGUGCCGGCAGUGUCAUGGCGGCGCCGCUGCGGGACCGGCUGAGUUUCCUGAGCCGGCUGCCGGUGUUGCUGCGGGGCACGGCCGACGACGACACCCCGUGCCCCGGGUACCUGUUCGAGGAGAUCGCCAAGAUCUCCCACGAGUCCCCCGGGAGCAGCCAGUGCCUGCUGGAGCAUCUCCUGACACGGCUGCAGAGCAGCUCCUGCCACGUCAAGCUGAAGGUGCUGAAGAUCCUGCUGCACACCUGCUCGCAGGGCUCGCCCCAGUUUGUGCUGCAGCUGAAGAGGAACGCCAGCUUCAUCCGGGAGGCUGCGGUGUUCUCCGGGCCCCCAGACCCCCUCCACGGCAACAGCUUGAACCAGAAGGUGCGGGCGGCGGCGCAGGACCUGGCCAGCAUUCUGUUCUCGGAUGCCCCACUGCCACAGCCCCUGGCACUGCCCGCCCGGCCCCCGGCCCCUGCUGGGAUGGGCUCCAGCCCCAGCCCCUGUGGCUCCCUGCAGGGAUUCGGCUUCAGCAGUGACAAGAGCGGCUCUGCUUCCACAGGAGAGGCCCUGCUGAGCAGCCUGCAGCGGGCGGCCGAGGCUGUGGCCCAGGCCGUGCUCCCGACCCCGGGGGGACCCCGGCGGCCCCGUGGGGACCUCCCCGAGGACACCUACGAGCCCGUCCGAGCUCCAUCCCCCGCCAGCAGCCCGGCCCCACCGCCCCCGACCCCUCCUGCACCGCGUGCGUCCCGAGUGAGCCACCAGCCCGGGCAGGCCGGGGGAGGCUGGGAGGAGGCAGAGAGCGGGCACAGCUCCCGCGAGUCCUCGCAGGGCCACGAGCGCAGCCGCGCCUCCGACUCGGGCAGCAAAUCCGGCAGCGACAGCCGCUCCGGGGCCAGCCGGGAGCUGAGCCACGGGGCUGACAGCAGGGUGGAUGCUGACAGCCCGGGUGACUGCCGCAGGGAGCUGAGCCUGGUGUCAGGAUUGACGCGUGGGGCCAGGGUCUUCCUCACCAGGGAGGAAGCUCAGCACUUCCUCAAGGAGUGUGGGCUCCUGAACUGUGAGGUGGUGCUGGAGCUGCUGGGCCGGGCACUGGAGGAUCCCAGUGACAGCGUCCGCAUGAGGUCCAUGUGUGCCAUCUCUGCCCUCGGCUGCUCCGACCUGCUCUCCCCUGAGCAGAUCCUUGCUGUGACCCAGCAGCGCCUGCAGCACCUCAGCCAAGGCAGCCCCGGGCCCGUGGCCAACCGAGCUACAAAGAUGCUGCGACAGUUCGAGGCCCUGUGCCGGGCCCAGCCCUCCCCGAGGGCCCCACGCCCGCCCUCAGCCCCCUCAGCCGGGGAUCUGCUCAUGGACAUCCCAGCCGUGGCUUCUGAGAGCUUCCUGACCCCCCUGAGCCCGGCCCCGAGCCCUGUGCCCCCUGCAGCCCCUCCUGAGCAGCCAGGGCUGGCAUCAGAGCUGCCCGGGGCCGCGGUGCCAGCCUGUCCCUGCCAGCAGGAUGGGGACAGCAGGCUGGCAGGGGACACGGCAGCCCCCAGCCUGUCCCUGUUCGCUGGCAUGGAGCUGGUGGCCCGUCCUGGCACCGUGCUCCGGCCACACUCACCCCCGGUGGAGCCACGGGCACCAUCCCAGCCCCAGGACAGGGGGACGGACACGGACGGAGGGACAGACACAGAGGGCCCCCCGCAGCCCUCAGCCUUCGCCUUCCUCAACAUGUAGCUGCUGUGGGGCCCCGGGGGCGGCGGGGGCUCUGCUCCCCUCCCUGCGGGGCCUGCGCUGUCCUGGUGCCUCGGGGACACGGCUGAGAUGGCCACAGGGCUCCCAGCCGGUGACAAGGUGACAAUGUCCCUCGUGGUGUUCAGGGCAGGCAGAGGGGCACGGCCCCUCGCUCCUCGGAGCUGCACAGGGGUGUGGGACACGCUGGGACUGAGCUGGGGGUGCCAUGGGGACCCCAGCAUGGCCAUGGGUGCUCUUGGGUGGCCCCCAGCUGCAGCCUGGGCUCUGGGGGGUGUGGUGGGGGCAGGUGCCAUCCCCAUGGGACCCACCAAUAAACCCCACUCGGGCCUGGCAACGUGUGACUUCUUCCUGCGCCGCUGACGGAGCCUGGCCCAUGGCUCCUCCUGGCCCCCAGCCCCACAUUCUCCUGCAGCCCCAUGGCCCCCAACAGCCCCCCCCUGCCACCCUGCUCUCCCUCAUGCUGCAGCCCCCCUGGU